CAGCCGUGAGGUAUUUCAACAGCAGGAUACGGACGGGCACACUGUGGAGUCCAAUCGCGAAUUUCUAGAGUCUUUUUUCUGGUUGGUGUGGAAAAAUGACAAACAACAGGCCAAGGGAAAUCAGAGCAGCUAUCUAACAAGUCCCCAGCAGAGGAGCAGCCGCACAAUGGUCGAUCCGGUGGCGGCGCUGUGCAACUACAACGUCCUGGAGGUGAUAUUCUCCUACUUGGAGUUGGACGAUCUGAGCCACUGUUCACAGGUGUGCAAGAGUUGGUACCACUUCCUCAACGACGAGAACAGCGACGUUUGGCGCUGGCACUGCCUGAACAAGCUGCCCAAGGAUGCCCUUAAGUCCGACCUGCUGUCCUCCGUCUCCACGUACAAGACAAAGCUGCGGGCGUACUUCCACGCCUGGAGUCCCAACGACUGCUCCCGGAACGUAUAUAUCAAGCCCAACGGAUUCACCCUGCAUCGCAAUCCCGUGGCGCAGAGCACAGACGCGGCUCGGGGCAAAAUCGGGUUUCGCCACGGCCGGCACACCUGGGAGGUGAUCUGGGAGGGGCCGCUGGGUACGGUGGCCGUCAUCGGCAUAUCCACCAAGGAGGCGGCGCUGCAAUGCCACGGCUAUGUGGCCCUACUCGGCUCCGACGACCAGAGCUGGGGCUGGAACCUGGUAGAGAACCACCUGCUGCACAACGGAGACAUGCAGGGCAGCUACCCGCUUCUGAAUAACGCACCCAAGUACCAGGUGGGCGAGCGGAUACGCGUCAUUCUCGACUGCGAGGACAACACUCUGUCGUUCGAAAAGAACUACGAGUUCCUGGGCGUGGCCUUCCGAGGCCUGCCGGACAAGAAGCUCUAUCCCACAGUAUCCGCUGUCUACGGCAACACCGAGGUCUCAAUGGUCUACCUGGGCACCCCGUUGGACGGAUAGCUUUGCCCCGGGCGUACAACUUGGUUAACACACUCAAUGGAUCCACUAGGUUAUUGUGUACAUUUGUAUUUAUCAUGAUUACGUUUGCUUCAUUCCACCUGCAACUCAGUUCGAUAUCGUAAAUUUAGUUACUAGUUUCGUUUUCUGUACAAAAUUAUGCAUUUUGUUGAUUUUACGCUACGCCAAAGUUCAAAACCACCUCGGCACUAUCUUCACAUGGCAAUUUACGUUAGUUAUACGAACCAAAUGAAUAUAAUAUUAUAGCGAUUAAACAAUAGUUGAACCAAUUUUUUAUACACCGAUGAUCGCUGAUGAUUAUGCAAGUAAAAUUACAGACAGAAGAACUAACUGCA